AUGCCUCCUCGGCGUCUCCUGCUUCCGAAGUCAAACCAGUCCCAACCUUUGGAGUCAAACGAAUGGAAUGUAGACGACUUUACAGCCAACUUUAUCUUGGAAACUUCGGGACCGAACAUAGUCAACGUCUCAACAGCUAACAAUGGCCGACCUCUUCGCUUUGCUCCUGCAGGAUUUUAUGGCCAAUCUUUUGGCCCCGCUCCUGGAAGAGGUAAUAGCUCUGCGCCUGACAUGCAACCGUCCUUUCCAGUUCGAGGUCCACUUACUGCAAGCACCAGUCAGGAUGAUGGAGCUGAAAGGCUGCGCCAGCAUUUGAUGAGCCUUCGUGAACUUUCAGUAGCACGGGGCCUUGACAACGUUGAAGAAGUUCUCGAACCUGACCAAAGCCAGAUUAGAUAUGCAGGGACAUCUGAGAAGAGACCAGCAGAAGAAACGAAAUUGGAGGAAGACGGAAUCGGCCCUCAACCUGCUCCCGCGAAAUUUGAUUUCCCCACCGAAAUCAUCCGUCUCAUGCUCCGCUGUCUCAUCUCCGAACAUCAAACUUUCGAAAGCGACUUCUGCACCGCCGUCUGCUUCGCCCUAACCUGCCGCACCCACUGGGCAAUCUUCCGCUCAAUCCACAGUGCCAAGGUCCCUAUCAUGAUUCAAUCUCCCGGAACAUUGAACCCUAAAAAAGCCAGCGUCCCCUACAGACUCGGAGAUCUCCUGAUCAACUGGAUGUCUCCAAAAUACCGUCCAUUGCCCUGCACACUAGUAGACGGCAAAAUGGUAGUUCAGGACAUCAAGUGCAUUGAGGUGUUUGUCAGGGCUGCUGUAUAUCCUGCUGUAGGAGGCGAGAAAGAUAGAAGGCUCUUAGAAAGAAUGGCAGAAUUUAAAAGUAACCGUUUCAAAGACUUCUACCACGUCUACCAUAAUAGUCUUCGCUCAUCAAACCCACCAGGUCUCAACUGGUUUAUUCCGAAUCCAUUCAGAAUGGGCGAGGAAUGGUAUCCUGCCACCGCGCAUGUUCUCAAACAUACUAUCUUCAAAUGGAAGUCUGAUUGCCAUUUGGAAAGAGAAUACCAUUGGCUUCGUGACAGGGAGGAAUAUAGUCGACAUUAUCGGGUCUGGUCGGGUUACAAAACCUGGAUGCUGAGAGAGUGGGUUGAGGCGCAACCGGAAGCAAUGGCAUACAAGAGAUCUCGUGGCUUGGGUGAAAACAAGGCGAAAGUCGGUAUGAGAGAUGGGUUUGAGAUGUUGAAGUUGGUGGAUGUGCAAACGAAGGAGCAUAAGAGUAAGGUUAAGCAGGUUGUUAAUGCGAUGCUGGGGUUGGUUGAAGGCCGUCCCUUUUACGGUCAUGAGUGA